AUGGCUUUGCGGAGCCUGCGCCGCCUGGCCCUGGCCCAGGCGCCACUGCUGCCAUGUCCAGCGCAGGGCCGGCGCCCUUUUGCAGGGCUGGCGCUGGGCGGUGUCGGGGGACAGCGUGGAGGAGAGUGCGACCACGGCAAGCGCAGCACGCCCGACAGCUUCUUUGCCCAUACUAGCCUGCCGUAUAGAAAGCCGAACAUUCGCGCAAUGGCAGGGCGGUGUGGCACCUGUGUGUGUGGACGCGUGCUCCACCCCUGUUUUGGAUUUCUGCAUGAUGCACGACCAUCUUGCUGUGCAAGCUGCAAAGAGGAUGGAAUGGUCGAUAUCAGGCACCGCAAGUGCAGGUGUGGCGCAGCCAGACCGCAUUUCGGGAUGCCGGCUGAUGCUCGGGCAACUUGCUGUGCCAAGUGCAAAGAGGAUGGGAUGGUGAACAUUAUGACCCCCAAGUGCAGGUGCGGAAGGGCCAUACCAUCUUUCGGCAUGCCAGGUGAUGCUCGGGCAACUUGCUGUGCCAACUGCAAGGAAGAUGGGAUGGUGGACAUCAAGAAUGCCAAGUGCAGGUGUGGCAGAGCCCAACCUGUUUUCGGAAUCCCAGGUGAUGCUCGAGCAACUUGCUGUGCCAACUGCAGAGAGGCUGGAAUGGUAGACAUUGUAAGUUUGAGGUGCCUUGUGUGUGGAAAGUGCGCAAGUUAUCCAGAUGCUACUGGCAAACGUCGGCAAUUCUGUGCAGUGCACGCGGCAGAGGUUGGUGCACACGUACUGUCGGCAUUGAAGUUUUCGCGCGUAGCAAGCGAUUGUUUCGACAUGUUGGAAGCGGAGGUAGGGUACAGGUUCACUUUUCGGCACAGAUUCGAUGCAGCUGCCGGCACUUGGUCUGGCAAGGAGUUCGCGGGUCUGAUUCCAAAGCGUGCUUUUCUGCCGGAUGCAUACCACCCGGAGAGGCGUGAGGUGGUUGAAUUUCUGGGGAAUUACUAUCAUGGGUUUCCUGUGGAGCAUCCACGGCAUAGCAGCUUCAUUUGCGUUGGCAGCAAACCGGCGCCGGACGUCUAUCGUGACACCAUGGAACGCCUCGAUCUGUUCACUGCGGAGGGGCUCCGCGUCCUUUACAUUUGGGAGCACGAAUUCGUGGAGUGGCGGAAGCGAGCCGCCUUUGGGGAGGCUUUGCCUAUCACCAGCCUCCUGCGCCACCAUGAGCCAAACCCCAUGGGCCGAAAAGAAGACUGCGCCUCUUGGGACCCUGUGGUCUAG